UGUGCUGCAUUUGAAUAAUAUACUUUCGUUAUGUUCUUUUUGUGUGUAUAAAUAUUUGUACAGAACCUUCAUAGAACACUAUUAUGUACAUGUGAAUUGUUCUGUGCAUGGACAAUUCUUAUAGGCAGUUGCACUGACUUGUACAUACACAAUUUUAUUUAAGUAAUCAAAAGUGCUAUUAUAUUAACUGAAAUGAGAUGAGUCCAUGUUGAAUCAUGAGUAACAUUAGUCUGGGUGGAAAUCACGGCCACAGUAUCAACUUUGAUGGAGCCAGCCUUCAGAAUCAACAGGAGGAUGAAUAUCGUAAAGAGGAGGAGCAGCAGCAGAAUGAGCUUCGUGCCCUGCUCUCCAAUGCAUUUGACGACCUGAUAGACGAUGAUGAUAUCCUCUCCAUCACCUCAGACGAUGGUACUGACUCCAGGAAUGUCAGCCUUGUGCGGCGCCAUAGCAGCGACAGUCUCGGGCGGCCAUCUAGUGUAAAUAACAGAAUUGAAGAACACCCAGAAACAGAUUGGCUUCAGAAGAACCCGGAUUCUCAUCCUAUACGCUCUAAAGACCAAAAUGGAUUAAAUCAUCAACAGUAUGGCCAGCUAGGCAGAUUGUCACAGACGCAGGAACUUCCCAGAGGUCGGGUGAACCAACUACGAUCCAGCGCCGAAAGUUUGCCCACUUUUGCUUCUUCCAAGGAGAGUCGAAUCGGCAAAGGUCAAGGUCACAUUCCUGAAAAUAACCUUGACCAGCAGAGCAACCCAAGUCGUCAUGGUAGCAGGGACGAUUUAGACAGUGAUUACCAGAGUUCUGUGGAAAUUAAUCAGAAUAGUGUGGAUUUCCAUGGAAAUGUGUAUCCGUUGCCUGGCAACCAGUUUCAAGGUCAGUUGAGCAGGCAGGCUUCUCAAAGUGAUUUACUUAGUGACCAUUCGUUGUCGGACAGAGAAAAUGUGCUGCGGAGGAGUAUUGAAGACUUUCACAAGUUCAAGGAGGCCUACAGAGAAUUUCAGGGUCAGGCUGCUCAUUUGCCGGAAACCGGUUACUAUGCCAAUGGUGACAUUCAGCCCAUGCCGUCACAUCAGCAUUACCAUGCAGCUGAACACCCAUAUGAUCAAGGGCAUUAUGCUCAUUUUCACAAUCCUGACCAUAUUACUGCUCAUCCUAUGCAUCAUCAUGGUUAUGAUGAACAUUACCAUGGGAACGCUCAUCACGAAGCCCACCAUCAUUUCCGGAACAUUUAUACGGAUCGCCCGUACCACAUGAUUGGCGAUAGGGAGGAAGCGGAGGGUGGGAAUGUUGUAGACAGCAUGGGAUACUAUCACCAUAAUUACCAAAACCACGGUUACCAUGCUGGUUGCCAUAUUGACCAAUCGGAUCAAGGCGUACCUAACUACAAUUCUCAGGCAUUUCAGAGUGUGGACCAAGGUUUCUUUUCACAUAACAAUGAAAAAACUGCAGUGGAAACAACAGUACUGCCAACUCAGACCUCUGUCAAAUCUACCACACAACCCAGCCAAAGUGCGCCAAGUGGCAGAAAAUUACCUCAAGUGACGUAUAGGUUGCAAAAUGUUUCCAACGAUGCACACAAAGAUCAGAACAGGAAUAUUAACACUGUGGCCCAAUCAAAGUCUCGUGAUAAAAGUGUGGAGGGGAAAGACAAAGUGUCAGAAGGGAUUGCAUUAAAAGUGAAGUAUGAUAGAGAUAGUGGGGGUAAACGGGAAAAUGAAAGGUCAGACAGAGAAAGCAGUGAACAGACAGUGGAGACGGAAUUCAUGGAACAAGCUGGCAGUGGGGACAGUCAACAACUGGCACAGCUUCAGAUCCUGUACAAAGCCCGUGGGAGGAAGCUGGAAGAGCUCACCAACGAGAUGGAGGUUCUGAAGGGUGAAUCAGGGAGAGAACUCCGUAUUCUCAAGCACCAGUUGUCCGUUGCAAAGGGGGAAAAGGAGGGAUCCAGCAAAAGUGUGGAUAGUCUGCAAUCCCUGCUGCAAGAGGCCAAGGGAGAUAAUGCCCAGCUUGUGGGACGUGUGCAUGCAUGCGAGUCGCAGAUCGAGGGGCUUAAAAAGGCCAAGGAAGAGCUCAUCAAGAAACUCCAGACUGCAGAGUCCACCAUAGAGACUCUACACCAACACUUGGAAGAAAUGGGCUCCUCCGACACAUUGACCCGGGCGAGACAUGAUCACGACACAGUGGUCUGUGGCUUGCAGAAGAAGUAUGAGACAGAGAUCAAACAUCUGCAGGAACAUGUGGAGAAACUAAAAGACACUGUACAGGAAAAGUCUGAGGAAUGCCGUCUGCUCAAACAGAAGCUUGCAGACAGUAUUCAAGCCUCUGAGUCGGCCCAGAUCACCCGUGCAGAGACUAUAAAUAGACUGACCCAGAGUCUGGAGGAGAGUCAGAAACGAUGUCGCAAUCUUCUAGAGGAUUCCUCAUCGCAGGAAUUGAGUCAGAUGAAGAUCCAUUUUCAACAGGCUUUGGCUGCGAGGACCAUUUCAGACGAGAUGUGCUCAAGUCUUCAGGAGGAAAUUCAAGAUCUCAAAGAGCAGGUACAGAUGCUGGAGUCUGCCUCCAACUUGGGAGUAUCCAUGGCUGCGGGUGUUCAGUCGUCAACAGCAACGGCGUUCCAUGAUCAGAACGACUCCAUGGCAGACUUGGGCAUCAAGAAGACCCUGGACUUUGAUACUCCUCAGGGGACUCCUACCAUUGUCAAACAUCACUCAGUUACUAACCAGUCCAGUGAUGUAGUUAGCAGUCUUAAAUCCGAGUUGGAGAGAUGCUUGGUGAGCAACAAACAAAAGAGAGCGGAAGUCACAGAGCUUAAAGAGGAGCUGAGGAAAUUCAAGAAGGACAUGCUAGAGUACAAGCAGAGAUGUGAGAGAGCAGACUUACUGACUCAGGAACAGAAGCGUCGCAUCACUGACCUGGAGUCAUGCCUCAGCCCUGGCGAGAAGACCAACGCUAUUGAGAAUAGGCUCAAGAAAGACAUCGAGAACUUGAAGAGGGAAAAGAAAAUCCUUCUUGAAGAUGUUGAGGAGCUACAGAGGAGGCUAGACGAGGUAUCCAAGAGUGAAGAAAAACUCACUGAGCUGAACAGAGAACUGAGUAAACAGAUCAGUGACAUGGUGAAAGAAUAUGACCAAGACAAACGACAGGCUGUAGAAAGGGCACAUCGUGCAAGUGAGCAGGUUGCAGAAACGUCUCGCAACAAACUACGACAGGAACUCACUAUAGAGUUUGACAGCGAGCGUUCAAAUAUCAUCGCCAAGUAUGAGAAAGAAUGCAGUAAUCUUAGAGAGGAGAUGAAGUCAGCCCAGGAUGAGAUAGACAGGGUGAAGGACGAGUACUGUAAGCUUUGUGCAGACACAGACCAGCUGAAAUGUGACCUGGAGAAACAGUUCCAGGAACAGCUUAGAGAAUCUCUGAAUCAGGUCAAAGAAGAAAUGAGCAAAGAAAUGGACCUUGCUAAAUUAAGGACAGAAGAAGAUUGUGAUAAACAAAAAGAGACUGAAAUUCAGAAUCUCAAAGAUGAGUUUGAGCAAAUUAAAGACAAGAUUAGGGAAAAUGUGCAAUCUGAGUGUAGGAAAGAAAAUGAAAAGGCCAUUCAUGAACUAAAUGAAGAACAUGAGAGUAUAAAACAGGAGUUAAGAGAAAAGUUUGAACAUGAGUUGAAGUCAAUGAAAGACAUACUGGAAAUGGAAAGAAGUAACGAUUUAGAAAAGCUGGACAAGGAAAAAUUAAAUGAAAUUGAGAAACUAAAGAAAGUAAUUAUUGAUAAGGAAUUGUAUGUAAGUGAUCUAAAGAAGGAGAUAAAAGAAAAGGAAAUGUUGUUGGCUGAAAAGGAAAAGACUUUGGAAAAAUUGAAGUCAGAAACAGAAAGUAAGAUAGCUGUUAUAGAUGGACUUAAAAAUGAGUAUAAGACAAACUUUGAUGCAUUCAGAGAUGAUUUGUAUGAGAAAAAUGAAAAAAUUGAUCAGUUAAGUAAUGAAAUUGAUGAGAAAGUUAAAAUUAUUGAAAAUCUGAAGGAAGAGAUUCUAAAUUUUGAGAAGCUUAAAGAGGUAUUGAAGUGUAAGAAUGAGGAACUUGAGCGACUGAAAGUGGAUAAAGAUUCUAGUCAAUCUGAAUUAAUGGCAGCAAAAGAAAAGGAAAUAGAAUCACUUCGGACUAAAAUAAGUGAAAUCGUUCUGUCAAAGGAUGAAGAAAUUAGGCAGUUACAAUCUGAAAUUAACAAAAUGAAGAGAGAUAAAGAUUCUUUGAGAUUAAGUGUUGAAAAGAAUGAUGAAGAAAUUAACAAACUUAAGAAUGAGAUUGAAAGAAUUGAGAAAGAAAAGGAUCUUGAGACGGAUCAAUGGAGAAAAGAAGAAAUGGAAAGAGAGGAAGUAGAUUCUCUUCGUAAAGAAAUUGAGAAAAAUAUUCUGAAAGAUACCCAAAUGGAGAACGAAACUCUGAAAAAAGAAGUGAUUAACCUGAAACAUGAACUAGACAGAAUUGAAACUGAAAAACAACAAGAAGUUGACAGAGUAAGCCGGAUUAAACAGGCAGAGAUUGAAAACCUUGAUAAAAGAAGAAACACAGAGUUGGAUAAACUUAGGAAAGAGAAGGAGAAUGCAGUUGAAAGGAUCAAAGCAGAGAAAGAGGAGGUCGAAGCAAUCAAAGUGCAGAUUGAGGAAGAACUUUUAAAACUAAAGAGAGCAAAAGGGUCCUUCAAUCUGGAUGAGGACCUGUCAUCCAAAGUACGGGAAAGGCUCAGCAAAGGCACGGAAGAAGACUUGAACAGAACUAUUGAAACAAAGGUUGCCAUGUCCAAGGUUGUCUGGCUGGAGGAGCACAGGGCCACGCGGCAGGCUGCCAUUGACAAUGCAGUGAGACUGGCGGAGUCAGAGAUGAGAAUGAAGAUGGAGGAGGACCUGGAGAAUAGACUGGAGGCCAGACUGCAGGAAGUGAAGCUCCAGUGGCAGAGGGACAGCAUGUCUCAGCUGGAGGAGGAGAGAAGGAGCUGGGAGAACUUGAAGGAGGAGGAGUUAACCUCCAGACUGGAGACCAAACUGGAGGAGGCAAAGCAGGAGUGGAGAGAUUUUGAACUCGAGACAGAAAAACUCAAGUGGAGCUCUGAAUGGGAGCAACGUCUAUUGGGAGAGAGAGAGUCAUGGAUAAAGAAUGUGCUCGAACCUGCCAAGAGGCAGUUGAAACAGCAGUUUGAGGAAAAACUCAGGAUGGAACAGGAGAAUUGGCGUUGUGUUGAGCUGGAAACAGAGAAGCUGACACUCCUAAGGGAAUAUGAGACACGGUUGUCCCAGGAGAGACAGUCUUGGAUAAGUAAAACUCUGCCUGAAGCCCUGGCAAAAGAAAAGAGCAUAUGGAAAGCAUACAUGGAGGAAUCCUUGAAAAAACAGCAGGAAAAAUGGCAGAACAUUGAACUUCCUAAGGAGAUGGAGAAGGUGAAAGGUCAAUAUCAGAGGUCAUUCGAAGAAAAGCUGCAGGCAGAACAUGAGACAUGGAGAAAUACAGAGUUGCCGAGGGAGAUUGAUAAAGCCAAAGACAAGUGGUUUCAAGAAGUUGAAGGGCGACUACGGGAGGAACGUAACAACUGGAAAAACUGUGAUCUGCCAGAAGAAAUUGAGAAGGAGAGGAGGAAAUGGAUGAAGCUAAUGGAGCAGACCCUGAUGAAGGAGAAGGAAAACUGGAAAACACGGGACAUGCCUGCAGAGGUGGAAAUGGUUAGAAAGAGCCUGGAAUCUGAGAUGGAAACCAGACUGGUUAAGGAACUGGGUCAAGAGAAAGACAAGCUGCAAAAGGAAAGUGAGGCAAAAGUUUUGGAAGCAAUCGAAGAGCACCAAGAGGCUUGUAAGGAGGAACUUACUAUUGCUAUAGAAACUGAAAAAGAAAGACUGCAGAGGAGAUAUUUGUCUGAUUUCGAAGAAAGGCUUGAAGCAGAAAAACAGAAGCUUAAGGAGGAGUUUGAAGCCAAAUUAAAGGCUGGUGUUGACUCAGAGAAGCAGCAGAUUCAGGAAAAGUUUGAUUCUGAUUUGCAGGAAAGGUUCAGCAAAGAGAAAAAGAUAUGGCGAGAAAUGGUAGACCAAGAGCUUAGUGAGAAGUUAAAAAUUGAAAAGGAGAAAUGGAAGAGAAAGUCCGAAUCUGAUUUAAAUAAGAGACUGGAAAGUGAAAAGGACAAGCUGAGAAGUUGGCUGAGAGCAGAUUUUGAGAAAAAGCUGGAUAUUGAAAAGAAUGCUAUAAGAGAACAAUUAGAGGAAGAUUUUGAUGACCACAUGAGAGUUGAGAUGGAGAGACUUAAAGAGAAGUUUGAGCAAGAGGCUAGAGAGGACUUUGAGCAUUUAAAAGCAAAGUUUGAAACCGAGAGGAAUCAAGAGUAUGAGCAGUUAAGAUUACAGUUGGAGCAUGAGACGCAAAUGAACUUGGACAAAGAGAGGGAAUUAAUGCAUUUGAAAAGUGAUCGUGAAUUGAGUCGAAAACUUGAAAAUGAGGAAGAAAAGUGGAAGAUUGACUUUGAAAAGGAAUUGUCAUCAAAGUUGCAGAAAGAGGAGCAGAAAUGGAAAGACAUGAUCGAGAAAGAUAUUGAAACUAGACUUGCUGAAGAAAAAGACAAAUGGAACAAGGACAAAGAAGCUGAGGUCAAAAUGAAAGUUGAAGCUGAGUUGGAAAAGUUUAGGAAGGAUUUUGAAGAAAAGAAAACGGAAGAAAUAAGGAAAAUCACUGAAGAGGUUGAGGAAAGGAUGAGGGCUGAAACUGAAGAAGAUAUUGAGAGAUUUAGGGUGGAGAUUGAACAGGAGUUCCACAUGAGAAUAGAGCAUGAGGUGAACCUGGCUGUAGAAGAGGCGAGAGCUGACUGGAACAGGGAGUACAAGAUGGAGAUGUCCAUCAACACAACCAGCGCAGAGGCAUCUCAGGGGCUUCUCAAAGAGGAGAUAGAGAGGUUGAAGAGCCAGCUGGAGUCAGUGCAGACAGAACUACUGGAUAAGGAAAGUGGCUGGCUGAAGGAGAAAGAGGACAUCAUACUGCAGAAAGAGCUUGAGAGACGUAAAGACCUUGACACUUUGACGGAGCAGACAGAAUCUGAGUACAAGCAGUUCCUUGAUGAACACAAAGACAUGUUAGAUAAAGCACUAAAGAAGGCCAGGGAACAGCAUAACCAAGAUAAGUCUGAGUUGGAGGAGAGGUUCAACACCCAGAUGAAGUUACUGCAGGCCAGGGAGAAGUCUCUACAGGAGCAGCUUAGGAAAGCUCUGGAGGGAUCACAGGGUCAUCAUGAAUCCCUAGCAGAGCUUGAAAAGGAGCAGGUUCAGUGGUUUGAAGAGAGGAACAGACUUCUGCAAGAUAUCUCUGACAGGGACUCACUGCUGGGCAAAGCAGAUGUACACCUCUCAAAAGAGAUUGAUAAAUUGAGAGCUGAGCUACAGACGGCCUAUCAGCAGAGACUGGAAAGGGAGAUAAAUUCGUCCAGGCAGAAGCUGGAGGCAGAGUAUUCAAGGGCAAACAACUCUGAGCAGAAGGAGAAACUGCAGUUGGAGAAGCAGUUGAGUGAGGUGAACUCAGAAGUCGGGAAGUUGAAAGCUGCGUUGACUAAGGAGAAGGAGAAAUCUGCAGAAGAGUUAAAGUUGAUAACAGAGAAGGUUCAGUCCCUAGAGACGCAGGUUGAAGACAAAAACAGGCUGGAAGGUGAACUUAAGAAAGCCAAAGAAUUGCUCAUGGGCUUCAAAGAUGAGCUGACAGAGACCCAGGGGAAGUGUGAGAAGUACAAACAGGAAUGUGAUGAAUUGAACAUAAAAUUGAGCAAAGGCGUUCAGAAUCAGGAGAAACUGCAGGCUGAGCUUCAAAAAGUGAAGGAGGACCGGUCUACGAAUGUGGAGUCCGCACAGAAUCUGGAGACAAGCUAUAGGAAGGAGAUUGCCAGCUGUACACAGAGACUUGAGGAGUUGUCUGCCCGCAAUUCCAAGAUGGAGAAACUACUCAAGGACAUGAAACACAAAUACAGAACGGAAUUAGAAAGCCUUCGCAAAGCACUCGAGGCCGAGAACGAAGUUGCCAUGAAUGCCAUGAAGACAAAAAUGAUUGAACUCCAGAAGAAGCACUUUGCCAUCGUGGAUGAGCUCAAACGUAAACACCUGCUGGAGAAAGAGGCUUUGUUGAAGCAUGGUCAGGCUGCAGGCGUGGGGCGGGGCAUCACACCGACACCCAACGUGCAAGGAGAAGUAGAAGAAAUUGACAAGACAGUGACAGAGCUGAGGUCCCAGUAUCUGGACACGGUUGCAAAGAUCAAAGACGAUGUUUUGCGUCACAUAACACAGACAAACGUGCGGGCGGCAGAAACAGUGAAGAUAGAAAUGGAUCGAGAGAGAAUGACGACGUUUCAACAGAUCAAGGACUUCUAUAGGCAGAAUGUCAGAACCAUCUUGGAGACUGAACUUGUUGGGGCCACACUGGAAAGCAAGCUUUUAGCUGUGGAAGAGGCUCUUGAAAACUUGUCCAGCAAUCCAAGUUCACGCUCAACAACUCCGAAAUCAGAUGAAUUCAUCCUUGACGAACGCCAGUUGAAAUCUCGAUCCCGUUCCACCUCACGGGAUGCAGGAAUUUCGCCAAAAGGUCAAAGGUCAGUGUCGUUCACGAGUGGCACAAAAGGUGAAAGGUCACGGACACCAGUGUUGAAUUCUGGAAAGGACAUAAGUGUGAGUUCUAGCAUAUAUGAGGACCCUUUCAGCCCCAAGAAUAGAUCUUUCACAAAAUCGCCUCGAGAGAUGAAUAUUACCAUGAGAGGGGAUAGAUACAACGAAAAUCCUGAGCCGUUUGGAAUGCAUGAUAUGAAAAAUGAUCCCCAGAAUGUAAACUCUUUUAAUACAAGGCGUUCAGAGAAUCGACCUACUUCUGCCAAAUCGUCAAGGGAACUGCGAGAAUUUGACACCCGUCUUCCUGAAAAUAGACCGCUCUCUGCGAAAUCUCCCAGAGAGAUGCACAUCUCCCUGAGAAAUAAGAAUACUGAUUUCGAUUUCGAGGAAGGCAGACAAAGAAAUACUAGCGAUGAUAAGAAACGAUCAAGGACUCUUAUCUCCACGCGUGACAUUCAUUCCGGACGGUAUAAUUGCGCCGGAGAUGACAAACAGAAUUUUGAUGAUGAGAAAUCAGCUUUCCGUGACACUGAAAUGGGAAGGGCUAAGAGCACCACACCAUUGUACUCAAGUUUGGCAAGAUCUUCACCUUCAUUGUACCGACCUAUAUCUGUGCCCGACCUCAGUACUGAAGACAAAGAGCUGAAACUAUGGACAGAUAAUAAUAACGACACCUAUAGAUACACACCAUUAAGAGACACUCUUACAAGGGCCGGUACGAACCUGCAUAGAAACAAUAGCAAAUCAGAAUCAGACCUCAGCAUAGCUGAUAAAAACUUUGGACCCCUAAAGCCGGAUUAUGAUUCAAAUUUGGACUUGUCAACAGGAAGCCUUGCGUCUGAUAUGUUCAUGACGCCACGAAAGUCUAGGGACGCGGGUGAAACUCCCACUAGCACACCACGAAAACAUACACACCGUAAACACUACACAAUGCACAGCUUUCCUUCAAGCGACCAGAUAAAGUCUGAACUGCGGAACCGUGAUGCAAAUUCUGGUGGCCAAUCGCAGUACCGGAACCGAGAUGGCGAAGAAUCAAAUUUGACCAAUGAGAGGCGAGCACACUCCACUCAGCCAAUGAACAAUGGCAUUGGCUCAUCAAGCUCCGUGGGAAACGAUGACCCUGGAGUCAACUCCCCAAUGUCUGGCAGAACGUCCCGCAAAAAUCUGCCAUUGAUCCAGUUUAGGCACGGAAAAGUGCAAGGAUUGACGAAGACUCCUGGUCUUAACACAAAGUCCCCUCAUCCGGACGAUGGUAUGGUGAUUCGGGAUACGCCACCAACAAGGGACACAAAUGGGACCCCGGAUAGGUCAUACAGGUCCCUGUCUGUGUCCGCUAAACCCCAUAUGAACUUCUAGUUGUCAAUCCUCUAAAGAGAACAGGGCCUUAUUCAUAGCUCCUUAUGAAAACUUAAGAAAAUUUCUUUAAAACCUGAAUGUCCUGAAGUCUCUGGCUAUAUCAUUGACAUUCAUCUGUUUUUAUGCGUAAAAGGCUUCAUUUUGAACAGGUGAAAGGUCAAUUACGAUUUAUUGACAAUCAUUCUGUAAGCAAAAAACAUAGCAUUUUAUGUAUUUUAUUUCAGCUGAAAUUUUCACUGAAAAAAACUACAUAAAUUAAGAUUUCCAUACGGAGCUUUGACCCUGACCUAUAUUCUGAUAUGUGCUAAAGCUCUCUAGGCUGUAAGGGACGCAAUGAUUUUAUAUAUAUGCAGGUUUGAAUGAAAUUUAUUGUCAUGAUAUACAAAAUGUAAUUUUUUUAGACAUUGUUUUUUUUAAUUUACUAGUUUGAUUCACAGCUAUGCUUUUCCAUGUUUUGUUUUUUUGCUGGAUGAUGGUUUUAACAGUUACGGGUAGUUAAAAUGAGUUAAAUGGUGGAAGUUUUAAUUUGUUCUGUGUAAAGGCUUUUAAAAUUGUUUCAAUAUUGAUUGCAAUUUCACCUAGACUAGUUUAAAUAGAGCAACAACUCUCUCUCUUUUGAAAUUGUUUUCCAUGAUUUACACAAAUAUCUCAUAGUUUUGAUGAAAAUGUAUUUGUCAGACAAGAUCUUCUGCAGUAUGCGUUUUCAGUUAUAAUGUAACAUGCUAUAUUAACUUUGUGGGCAUUUAGUUUUUGUUACCUAUUUUAAGUUAAAGGGAUCUUUUCACGGUUUGGUAAAUUACCUAUUUUAAGUUAAAGGGAUCUUUUCACGGUUUGGUAAAUUGACAAAAUUUAAAAAAGUUGUUUCAGAUUCGCAAAUUUUCGGUUUAGUUAUGAUAUUUGUGAGGAAACAGUAUUACUGAACAUUUGCCAUGGUCUAAUAUAGCCAUUAUAUGCAUCUUUUGACGAUUUAAAAACCUAAAAAUUAUAAAGUGUUGCAACGCGAAACGAUUGAAUAAUUUGGAGAGUUCUGUUGUUGUCGUUAAAAUUUGAAACUACGAAGAUUGCUUAUAUAAGGUAUAAAAUACGCAUCUUAUGUAUGCUUGGCAGGAUAGCUCAGUUGGCUAAUGCGUUUUUACUUCAGGAUUCUGAAGGUCACUGGUUCUAGCCCUGCUGUGGGCUACUUUUUUUUUCCUUUUUUUAAAUUUUAUUUUUGAUUUUUUACUGGAGCUUUUAAAAUUUAAUGUUUACAUUUAUCAAUAUAAAGCAUUUAAUGACAAACUUCAAAACAUGCCAAAAUCUGUGAAAAGGCCCCUUUAAAUGCCUUCAAAGAACAUUGGAAAACAUAAAUGUGUUUUGUUUUUGAAAACUCAACUAGUUACAUGAAUUGAUGAUGUUCAGGGUUAAAAAAAAUCAUCAGGUCAAUACUUGUAUUUAAUUUGCCAUUGUAAUUACAGCAAACCUGGUGUUACUACAGCUACAGUUAAGUCGAAAACUACAAACAGACUUCCAGUUGUCAAGGAAAUGUAAUCAAAGUGUAUGUUUUGUGUCAAUAUUUGUUAGUACCUUUACCAGAAGUAAAUGUAUGUUUGUGUGAUUUACUUGUGUUAUGAUUACAUAAUUAUAACUUUGAUGUCAUAUGCAUUUAGAUAUUUAUGUUGAAAUUUUGCAUUUUCUGACCUUAUUCCAUUCCUUGUAAAUAUAAUUUAAGUUAUUUGUAGGGUAAUUAUUUUUGGAUUUCUGAUGUUGAAACAAAUUAGAAAAUUGUAUAUUAUAAGAUCUGAAAUGUAGGCAUGUACCAAUAAACAUGUUUCAUUGUCAUGUUCGUUAUAGAAGUUGGCAAAAAAGUGAUAUUCAGUGUUUAUUUUAAAGGCCUCUUCAUCUGAGAUAAUCUAUGUAAUAAUUGAAAUGGCAUUGUUAAGCAGAAUUUUGCUCUUUUAUGUUUUUGUUGACAGGUGGAGGUUUUUAUGGAUAGAAAUUUCUAACUCCUGGCAACAUUUUUUACUUGAUAUUUGCUUUAGUUAUUUAGAUCUGAAUUGAAUAUCUGUGUAUAUAUUUGUAUAUAUUCUGCCUUGAAAUGGGGACCAAAACUAAAUUUUGUUGUGAUAUUUUUAACAUCUUCCGUCCAGAUUUGUAUAUAAAAACUGUGUGUAUUUAUGUAGUUGUAGUACUCAUUCAAUCACUGAACAGUGCUUUUCAUCAAUACAAUUAUAUUUUAAAAGAAACCUUUAUUAAUAAUCCAACUGUAUUGAAUCUGAUUUUUUUAAACAAUAAAUUAUGUUUUUGGUAUUGUACUUGCAAAUAUUUUGUUUAAAGCUCCCUUCAUUUUCCAUCACCUUCUGCAUUUAGGUAAUACAGAAAAUAGUUGCCAAAGAUUUUGGAAAAUAGCUCUUGCAUUAUCAAAAAUGUACUAGUAUGAUAAACUAUUACGUUGUGGGUGCAUAACUGAUGUCAAUACUUGGCCCCUUCAUAGCUCCUCUAUUUCGUAAUGCAUUUAAUUACAUAAUGUGCCUAUUGUUAGGCUGAUGUUUGUCGAUUAGCAUUGCUAAUUGAUAUUAGCCCACCCCACCCCUCUUUUGCUCAGUUGUAAAGGGCUGGACUGUAAAUUUGAUAUCCAUGGGUUUGAUUUCUGGCCUAGGCACAAAAUAUAUGAUCAUGAAAACCUGCGUACUACCACUGGUCCUUCACCUCUGAUCCCAGUAUGGCAGUGGUCAGUUAGCUGCAACAGUAUUUGGCCCCAAUGGUGCAAUAAGGUACCAUGUGACAUUUACAGUUGAUGGUGCACGGUACCUUUUUGCAUCAAUGGGGCGAUUUGUCUCUUAUUUCUGUUUAACCAGCUAACCCAGCCAAAUUGUUAGUACGUACAUGUACUGCUAGGUUUAUUGACCAAAGUGAUGUGACUGAAACUUUGUUGAAAACGCAAAUAAAUCCAAUUAAACAAACAAAAUGUUUAUCAACACGCUAACAUUUCAGUAUGCCUCUCCAUAGGAAAUGUUAUGUGUAAACUAUGUUGACACUUGUAACAUAGUCUUGCCCUGAAGUACAAACAAAAAAUAUACUGGUAUUUCAGAUUGCUUGCCAAAUGCACUGGUAUGUUUUGAUCCAAGUUGGCUAAAAUUCAUUAUGGGUAUAUUAGAAUAUGGAUUUUUUUCUGAAGGUAAAGAUUUAUAGUUUUAUUUUCGAAUCUUUAUCUGUCUAGAAUACAGGCAUUUUAGGGCAAAGUGAGGUAGUUAUGAUAGUAUCAAGCGAAAAAGAUAAUUGUUUUCUCUGUCCCAAAAAUCAUGUCAGACGUUUUUUCAUAAACCUGAGUUGGUUUAUUUCGAAGCAUUUGUUUGUUCGCAUAAAAAUUACUGAAGGUAACUUUAUAUU